AUGUUUGAUGGGGGUAACCAUGAAAAGGAAAUUUUACAAUGGUUAGAAGAUACCUCUAUUAUUCAAGGAUCCUGUGCUGAAGCCAUAACAAACAUUUUGGGUAAGGCGGACGUUAAACUGAAUGUUGAAAAUUUCGUGCUAGAUAAAGUACCCAUCUAUAUUUUAUCGGACACAAGUCACCCAAGGGAAUCCAUCGUUGGAAGACCCUUUUGUGAAUCUCCUCAUGUCGCUUUUGUCAAAUAUCAUGGUAAAUUAAAAUUUUACAAUACUAAUUUUCCGUUUGCAGACCAUGACCUCCUAUCAAACGAAGAUUCAGAUUCAAUAUUGAGAAUUUCUGAGGAAGUAGUUAUUCCAACUGGGCUCUGCACUUGGGUCAACGUACUAGGUUCUGAUACGAUCAUAAUUGCAGCGGGCAACGAUGGUAUCAGUGAAGAGAAAAUGAUGACCGAUGAUAUACUUUGUUAUAAGGUAACAUUUUGA